AUGUUCAAGAAAAUCGACCCGAAACUGGUCACAGACGCAGUGUUCUUUGUGGGCGCCUCCCUGUCCAUUUUCUAUCUGCUCACCCACAUCAUGGGAGAAGAAGGCCCGGCAAGAACGCUUAAAGAGAACAAGAAGAAAGCCAAGCUGUCGCUGGAGAAACUCAAGAGAUCCAACCCGGGACUCAACCUGACGUUGUCCGAAUACGAGAAGGUCAUUCUGAACAGCGUGGUUCCGCCAGAAGAGAUCGGUGUUUCCUUUGAAGACGUGGGUGGUUUGGACGACAUUAUUAGCGAUUUACAAGAGUCUGUGAUUCUGCCGUUGACUUGUCCUGAGCUGUUUGACCAGUACGCCUCGCUUCUACAAGCUCCAAAGGGAGUUCUUUUGUACGGUCCGCCGGGAUGCGGAAAAACCAUGCUGGCCAAAGCUUUAGCUGCUAAAUCCAAGGCCAACUUCAUCUCCAUCAGAAUGUCUACAAUCAUGGACAAAUGGUACGGCGAGUCCAACAAGCUUGUGGACGCUCUAUUUUCGCUAGCAACGAAACUACAACCUUGUAUCAUAUUCAUCGACGAGAUCGACUCGUUCCUUAGAGAAAGAAGUUCUGUGGACCACGAGAUCACCGCCACUUUGAAAGCCGAGUUCAUGACGUUGUGGGACGGCCUCACGUCUUCGGGCAGAAUUUUGAUCUUGGGAGCCACAAACCGGCCAGACGAUAUUGACUCCGCGUUCAUGAGAAGAAUGCCCAAACGGUUCUCCAUCAGUUUACCAAACGACGAACAACGACUCAAGAUCUUGGAAAAACUACUAGACGACGUCAGCUACGACUUCGAGCUCGACAAGCUCGUGCAAAUCACCCAGGGACUAAGCGGGUCCGACCUUAAAGAACUGUGUCGCAACGCCGCAAUUAACUCCACCAGAGAGUACAUCCGCAAGAACGUGAAGAACGGCAAGCCAAUCAACGCGGACGAGAAAAUCAUCCUGCGGCCGCUCAGUCUACACGAUUUCGUUCAGAGCGUCUCUCCAAGCGACUCGUUAAUCAAGAAACUCGACAGACUCAAGGUGGACCCCGUGGACUAG